CGCUUCAGUUCGUGGCGACUUGGGGGUAGCCAUUUUGCAAUCCAAUUUCGAUUCGUUUCCCGCUUACCCAUUUUGAAUCCAUCUAUCGAUUGGUGAAAAAUGACUUCGUUUUGGUUUGAUGCGCUGAUUCGUUUUCCAUUGCAUUUAUUUAAACGUUUCAAUUGCUCGAUUUCUGUUUUGUUUGGCUUCCAUCGUUUGGCAUUGCUUUUCCGCUUUCCGUUUUUCCGCUCCUUCCGUAUAUUAUGUUUUCCCAGUGUACUUGGUGUGUGUGUGAGAGUGUGUGAGGGUGUCGAUGUUGAUGUCGAUUUUAUCUUGAAGUGAUCUAUUAUGCAGUCGCUGCUGGGCGUGGCAGAGACCCGCCAAGAAUUUCUAAUACAAAAUGGACUCCAACCGAAUGUAAAUAAUAAUUAUAUGCGAUGUCUGCGUAUCAUAGCUUAUAAUUUGGCAUAUGGAUGGCUAUAACCGAUUUCUCCCACGCGCCGCAAACUGUCAACAGUUAACUUUUAAACGGUAAACUAUAAUUUACAUGCAUAAUGAAUCUGGGCACAUAUCAUGGCUAUAAAAGUGCGUGCAUUGGGCACGCAUUUCGUUUAUUGUUCAAGUGAAAGUAAAGUGACAGCUCUUGACCAUGCCGCUGGCCAAAAUGGAUAGCUUCUUGAAGUAUGCCAACUUCUUUUAUAAGGCCGUUGGCAUUGAACCCUAUACGAAAAGAUCGCAUCCACACGUUGGCAGCAUUUGGAUUAGCCUUGUCUUUUGGGCCAACAUCAUUAACCUAGGCCUGGCGGGGCUCGGCGAGUUGGCAUAUGUGGUGAUUGCCUUCGCCACCGGUGAGCACAUCGUGGAAGCAAUCAUGGUUAUGUCAUAUAUUGGCUUCGUUUUGGUGGGCAUGAGCAAAAUGACCUUUGUGUGGCUAGAGAAACCUGCGCUCAGUCACAUCGUAUGGGAGCUGGAGGAGCUGUUUCCAGGCAACAAGGCAGCUCAGUCUGCCUACCGAUUGGAUAAUUAUUUGCGUUCCUGUUCGCGCAUCAGCUUUACCUUCUCAAUGCUUUACUCUGUGCUCAUUUGGACUUAUAAUCUGUUCAACCUCAUGCAGUAUUUCAUUUACGAGCUGUGGUUGCAGACGCGCAUCGUGGAGGAGACGCUGCCCUAUCGAAUGUACAUACCCUGGCAGUCGACGGACAAUUGGACCUAUUAUCUGCUGCUUUUCUGCGAAAACUUUGCAGGCUACACCUCGGCGGCGGGUCAGGUAUCCACAGAUCUGUUGCUCUGCGCCUUGGCCACCCAGAUCAUUAUGCAUUUUGACUACCUGUCGAGAAGGAUUGAGCAGCAGCAGCUUAGCGGCAAUUGGUCGGAGGACUCACGCUUCCUGGCCGAUAUUGUGCGCUACCAUGAACGUCUGCUGAAACUCUCCGAACAGCUCAAUAAAGUUUUUGGUGUGCCUCUGAUAUUAAACCUUCUGAUCUCCUCGUUUGUCCUCUGCUUUGUCAGCUUUCAAAUGAGCGUGGGUGUGGAGCCGAUUAUGAUGAUUAAGCAUAGUUUGUAUUUAAUAUCUGCGCUGAGUCAGGUCUAUUUAAUUUGCUAUCAUGGACAACUGAUAGCUGAUGCGAGCACGGGUAUUUCUUUGGCAGCCUACAAACAGAACUGGAGCUAUGCGGAUGCUCGCUAUCGAAGAGCCCUCGCGUUUAUUAUAAUGCGCUCCCAGAAUCCUACCUAUCUCAAGGCAACAGUUUUUCUGCAGAUCAACAGAGGCACCAUGACAGAUGUAAGCGUAUAUUUAUGUUGUGGAAGACUUUUUUACUUUGCUUACAGAGUGGAGUAUAUUUUGGUCCGUAUGAACUUUUUUUUAAAGACAGCUUCAAAAAUAGUUAACUCAAAACAUAAAGUAUAUACUUGUGUAUUUCCUCUAAAUUCAAAGUCACCAAAGUUGGGCAGUUAAACUAUUGAUGAUCCCUGCUAAUAAUCGGCUACCCUCACCCUCUCUUCUACAAAUUGAUAUUUCAUUAUUGCAGUUACAGUCUAGGAGUCACCAAGCCACUACUUAAGAACCCUCUCGACACCAAAAACGUUCUUGGCCUUUUUUAUAUAAUUGUAGAGGGUAUUCUAAUUUUAUCACGAAAUGUGAAACGCAUAGAAGAUGACAUUUUUGAGCCAUUUCCAUCUGUCCUUUUGUCCGUCUGUUUGUUUGUCUAACUUUGAGUUACAGGCAUCACAUAUUUCGGAGCUUGGCGGAUUGGAUCAAUAAAUCAUAUAUGUAGCUGCCAUUAGUACAAUCGAUCGAACUUUUUUACGAAGAUAUAUUAACCAAUAAUAUGGGAGUUCUACCGAGUUUUUUUUAUCAGUAUCCUAUGAACAUCCUAUUUACGGGUAAGGGUAUU